AGGAGCGCCGGGGCCUUGGGCACGUCCGGCCGGCCCGGGGGAGGGGUGAGGAAGAGGAAGGGGGGACUCGGCCCCUCACGAGGACGCAUCCGCCGGGGAGGGGGCAGAGCGCGCGGGGGAGCCAACCGCCGCCGCCGAGACAAAGAGCGGAGCCCGCCUGGGAGACCCCCCCCCCCCCUCCGCCGCCGCCACUGGUGCCAUUACUGCUCCGCUCCCGCCCCGCGGCCGGAGAGCGCCGGGCCCCCGCCCGCCACGAGCCAGCGCUGCCCGGCCCGAGUGAUACCCGUCGGAGUGGCCCAAGUGUCCUCUGCUGCCUUGUGCAUGCAUAAAGGGAAGACUUGCCCCUGACCCCUCUUCCUUCCUUCCUUCCUAUUGCCCAUGACGGUUGCUGGAGCUCCCUGUCCUUGCUUCUGCAAGUCUUUAGUGACUUCUUGUGAACAUAAUUUUAUUGGAGAAUCCUGCCUUUCGCUGUCUGGAUCCUUUAACAGUGUGCCAAAGGUUCCAAAGUCUUGUCCUGCUGUGUCGUCUUCUCUCAUCAGCUUCAUUCCUGAGGUGGAACACCUUCAUAAUUCCAGAGGAACGUAGAUAUCAGGAAAUCCUUGUCAGCAGUGAGCGCACUCUGAGAUAUUGAAGAGGGACUCCAUGAAAGAUGACAGAAGAAGUUAUUGUUAUAGCAAAGUGGGAUUACACUGCACAACAGGACCAAGAACUUGACAUCAAGAAGAAUGAGCGUCUUUGGCUGCUGGAUGAUUCCAAAACAUGGUGGAGGGUAAGAAACGCGGCCAACAAAACGGGAUAUGUGCCAUCAAAUUACGUGGAGCGAAAGAACAGCUUGAAGAAAGGCUCCCUGGUUAAAAAUCUAAAAGACACAUUGGGUUUGGGUAAAACAAAAAGGAAGACAAGUGCACGAGAUGCCUCACCUACUCCUAGUACAGAUGCAGAAUAUCCAUCCAACGGUAGCAGUGCAGAUCGGAUUUAUGACCUUAACAUCCCAGCCUACGUUAAAUUUGCCUAUGUGGCAGAGAGGGAGGAUGAGCUGUCCCUUGUUAAAGGAUCCCGAGUCAUUGUUAUGGAAAAGUGCAGUGACGGCUGGUGGAGAGGUAGCUACAAUGGACAGAUUGGCUGGUUUCCUUCGAACUAUGUGGUGGAGGAAGUUGAGGAAGCAACUGCAGAUUCCCCAAGUUUUCUAAGUUUAAGGAAAGGUGCAUCCAUGAGUAAUGGCCAGAGCUCGAAACUACUUCAUGUUGUUCAGACAUUGUAUCCAUUCAGCUCUGUCACAGAAGAAGAGCUCAAUUUUGAAAAGGGGGAAACAAUGGAAGUCAUUGAAAAACCAGAAAAUGACCCAGAAUGGUGGAAAUGUAAAAAUUCCCGAGGGCAAAUUGGUCUUGUUCCUAAAAACUAUGUAGUAAUCUUAAGUGAUGGUCCUACCAUUAACACUUCCCAUCCACCUCCGAUAAGCUAUACAGGGCCAUCUUCUACAGGACGGUUUGCUGGAAGAGAGUGGUAUUAUGGGAAUGUUACCCGGCAUCAAGCAGAAUGUGCCCUAAAUGAGAGGGGAGUGGAAGGGGACUUCCUUGUUAGAGAUAGUGAAUCUUCGCCCAGUGACUUCUCAGUAUCUCUAAAGGCAUCAGGGAAGAACAAACAUUUCAAGGUGCAGCUCGUGGACAAUGUCUAUUGUAUUGGCCAGCGUCGAUUUCAUUCAAUGGAUGAAUUGGUGGAACACUACAAAAAAGCUCCCAUCUUCACCAGUGAACACGGGGAAAAGUUAUAUCUUGUGAAAGCACUUCAGUGACGUUGAAGAUAGACACUGCCGCCUAGGCCUCUUAUAACUUUCAAGCCUUAGGUCCUAAUUCACUUUUAUAGAACAGAGCAAUCUACUCCCUGAAGCAGGCUUAAAGAAUGGGCUCUUUCCAAAGUGUUUGCUCUGUUGGUUGUUAUUGUCCUUUUUUGGUUUGGUUUUGUUUUGUUUGCCUAUUUUAUCUUUUUGGUUCUGUUAAUCUCAGAUGACCUCCCCUCAGGUUGAAAAUUUCACUUAAAUGGGCGUUGUAAGCACUCACUUUCAUGCCUGAGUUCUAAACUCCCCUCUUCUGUGUACGUUUACAUAGUUAGUUCCAAUAAAUGAGGGGUGUUUUCAAUUCAAAACAGUGUUAAUCUGUUCAAAUUGCUCAUGCUGACAGAACUGUUCAUUUGAGAGACAUCGGGCACAGUUUGAAUGCACUGAAGCUGCAGCUAAUUAAGUGAGAUAUAGUAGACAUAACAGUUGUGGCAGUGAGUUCUGUAGCUAUUUUGCUUACCAAGUAGUAUAUUACAAAAAUUCCUAGUUCCUAGAAGCACUCUUUACACUGUACUCUGCUAUUACAUUGCCUCUUUAACUCUUUGUAAAGAGUACACUAAUUAAAGCAUUUUGUAAUAGUACUUCUUAAUCUACUAUGGUAAGAUUGUAGUAAAAGAAAACUAUCUAGUGUAUUUUGGUCUGUAAUUGCAACAGAGAGGAAUUUUCUUUUUUACAUUGAUUGCUAGAGAAAGAAUCAUUGAAUUGUAAAGGCUGAAUGUUUUGGUAAUCUACAACCAAAUGUGCCAUCCACAUAAUGCUUUUUCCUCUUGCCCUUCUGCUUGUUUGAAUUAAACAAUUAUGUAUUUAAUUCUCGAAGUAAUAUGUAUCUGUAGCUGAUUGUUGACACUAAUACAGAAGAUUAAUAAAAACUGAUCUUGGGGUGGGGUGGGCGGGCUACCAACACUAUUCUAUAUAUAGAUAUAUAUAUAUUUGCUUUAUAGAGAAAAUCUUCAGGGUUUACAGAUUGGUGGGAUUGGUAGUAGGAGACACACAGAAUGUUUAUGAAGAAAAUGCAUUUUCUCUUUUCUUUACAUUUAAACUCCUUUAUGGUUUAAAUAUACAGUCUUGAGAUGGCACAUUCCUGAGAUUGAAGAAGGGAUCUUGAGAUCUCAAAUUCUUGCAUACCCAGUUUUUUGGAUAUUGUAAUAAAAAAGAUACUAUGUCAA